AUGCAUAUGACUGGUGUUCGUGCAGACCAGAAGAGAGUGUCCGAUCCCACGGAACUGGAGUUACAGACAAUUGUAUUAAUAUCAAUCGAGGCCUUCUGUGCUUGGGAAAAUAUAAUUAGUGCCUUGGAGAUGACAAACAGCCUUUGCUUGCAUCCUGCUUGUUUAAUUUCAUUUGCUUUCAUUGUGCUUUCUUUUGCAGAUUCUCUAGGAGGCAAUAGCCAUACUCUUAUGAUCGCCUGUGUGAGUCCUGCUGAUUCCAACCUAGAGGAAACAUUAAAUACCCUUCGCUAUGCUGACAGAGCAAGAAAAAUCAAGAACAAACCUAUUAUUAAUAUUGAUCCCCAGGCAGCUGAACUAAAUCAUCUUAAACAACAGGUCCAACAGCUGCAGGUCUUGUUGCUACAAGCCCAUGGAGGCACCUUGCCUGGGAAUAUAAAUGUGAAACCAUCAGAAAACCUCCAGUCCCUGAUGGAGAAGAAUCAGUCUCUGGUGGAAGAGAAUGAAAAAUUAAGUCGUGGUCUGAGUGAGGCAGCUGGUCAGACAGCCCAGAUGUUGGAGAGGAUCAUUUUGACAGAGCAAGCAAAUGAGAAAAUGAACGCCAAGCUAGAAGAACUCAGACAGCAUGCAGCCUGCAAAGUGGAUCUUCAAAAGCUAGCGGAAACAUUGGAAGACCAGGAAGUAAAAGAAAACAUAGAGAUCAUUUGCAACCUACAACAAGCGAUUGCCCAGUUGUCUGAUGAAGCGGUUGCUUGCAUGACUGCAACCAUCGAUACUGCAGGGGAAGUAGACACUCAAGAGCAAAGCAGUCCAGAUACCAGCAGGUCUUCUGAUGUUUUCAGCACUCAACAUGCUCUCCGUCAAGCUCAGAUGUCCAAGGAGCUGAUUGAGUUGAAUAAAGAACUUGCAUUGAAAGAAGCCCUAGCUAAGAAGAUGACCCAGAAUGACAACCAGCUACAGCCCAUUCAGUUCCAGUACCAGGAUAAUAUUAAAAAUCUAGAAUUAGAAGUCCUCAGUCUGCAGAAGGAAAAAGAAGAAUUGGUUCUUGAACUUCAAACAGCAAAGAAGGAUGUCAACCAAGCCAAGUUGAGCGAGCGCCGUCGCAAACGUCUUCAGGAGCUGGAGGGUCAAAUAGCUGAGUUGAAAAAGAAACUUCAUGAACAGUCCAAACUUCUGAAGCUGAAGGAAACCACUGAGCAUACUGUCUCCAAGCUGAACCAGGAGAUACGGAUGAUGAAAAACCAGCGAGUCCAGUUAAUGCGUCAAAUGAAAGAGGAUGCUGAGAAGUUUAGGCAGUGGAAGCAACAAAAAGACAAAGAAGUAAUCCAGCUAAAAGAACGGGAUCGUAAAAGGCAAUACGAACUGCUCAAACUUGAAAGAAACUUCCAGAAACAGUCUAAUGUGCUCAGACGUAAAACUGAGGAGGCAGCAGCUGCUAACAAACGUCUUAAGGAUGCUCUCCAAAAGCAAAAGGAGGUUGCAGAAAAACGGAAAGAGACCCAGAGCCGUGGAAUGGAAGGCACUGCAGCUCGAAUAAAGAGUUGGCUUGGAAAUGAAAUCGAGGUUAUGGUCAGUACCGAGGAAGCCAAAAGGCAUCUGAAUGACCUUCUUGAAGAGAGAAAGAUCCUUGCUCAGGAUGUGGCACAACUCAAAGAAAAAAGAGAAUCUGGAGAGAAUCCACCUCCUAAACUCCGAAGGCGCACAUUCUCACGAGAUGAAGUGCAUGGUCAAGAUUCAGGAGCAGAGGAUUCUAUUUCAAAGCAGAUUGAAAGCCUGGAGAGUGAAUUGGAGCUCAGGAGUGCUCAGAUUGCAGACCUACAGCAAAAGCUUCUGGAUGCUGAAAGUGAAGACCAGCCAAAACAACGCUGGGAGAAUAUUGCCACGAUUCUCGAAGCCAAAUGUGCCAUAAAGUAUUUAGUUGGAGAGCUGGUCUCCUCCAAAAUACAGGUGAGCAAACUGGAAAGUGGCCUGAGUCAGAGCAAGGCCAGCUGUAUUGAAGUACAGAAGAUGCUGUUUGAGGAGCAAAGUCAUUUUGCUAAAAUAGAGACCGAGUUGAAAGAAGAGCUGGUCAGAGUGGAACAGCAGCACCAGGAAAAGGUGUUGUACCUUCUCAGUCAGCUGCAGCAAUGCCAAGUGACAGAGAAACAGCUGGAGGAGUCGGUUAGUGAGAAGGAACAGCAGCUGCUGAGCACCCUGAAAUGUCAGGAGGAAGAGCUUAGGAAGAUGCAAGAAGUGUGUGAGCAAAAUCAGCAGCUUCUGCAAGAGAACAGUGCCAUCAAGCAGAAACUGAACCUCCUCCAAGUCGUCAGCAAAGAGAAACCCCAUCUUGUGAGAAAUAUCCUCCAGUCUCCAGACUCUUCCUUCGAAUAUAUUCCACCUAAGCCCAAACCUUUCCGUAUUAAAGAAAAAUGCCCAGAGAAAAGCUUCGCCAUCGAGGACCUGCAGUAUUAUUCAGAGACUUCUGUGGCUGAGGAAGAGAAUGAGGACAGUGAUGACCAUGCUGAUGAGGAGUGGAUCCCAACAAAAUUAGUCAAGGUGUCCAAGAAGAACAUCCAAGGGUGUUCCUGCAAAGGCUGGUGUGGGAACAAGCAAUGUGGAUGCAGAAAGCAAAAGUCAGACUGUAAUGGGGCCUGCAGCUGUGACCCCACAAAAUGCCGCAACCGCCAUCACAGCCAGGACAACUCAGAUGUUAUUGAGCUAAACCAAGAUUCUGAAAACUCCUUCAAACUGGAAGAUCCCACAGAGGUGACCUCAGGAUUAAGCUUCUUCAACCCUGUUUGUACGACUCCCAGUAGCAAGAUCCUAAAAGAAAUGUGUGAUGCAGAUCAGGUGCUGCUGAGGCAGCCUGAUUUUGCCUCUUCCUCUGACCAUCUAGAACUGAAACCUAUUGCAUCAGAAACACAAGAAAAUAAGGCCAUGGGGAAGAAGAAGAAGCGAGCUCUAGCCAGCAAUACCAGCUUCUUCUCUGGCUGCUCCCCUAUUCAAGAAGAGUCCCACUGAGGUUAGGGCCACUGUCUCUUCUGUCUGCCCUGGACACACUCUGAGGCUGUAGCACAGAGGGGAAGGGCACUAAUGACUUCUGUAGCUUUUAGGUCCUGCUAUUGAGAAAAGGAGAAAAAGUCCCUGAAAGGAAGAGGGCCUUUACUGUCUAAGCUCUCUGCCUACGAAAAACUACUUUGCUUCUUUAGAAGGUGCUGAACCUUCUACUGGAGAGAGAACCAACUGACCUUCCUGAUACUCAAGAGGAACCAGUCCCCAGGACAGUCUAGCUCGCUCUCUGUGAGCAGUUGAGUUGUAUCUUCAUGGAGUCGAGGUCAACAUGUUCUUCUCUCAUGAUCACAUCAGCUUAAUGGAAGAGUGGGAUGGUGACCUGGCUCGACUCCAUCACCACACCUCAGGAACUGGGCAUGGAGCUUCCCUGCUCCAUUCCAACUCCGGACUUUACAAACCCUUCAACUGUCCAUCACCCAUGUUACUGAAGUGAAUGAAACAUUUUAAAAAUGUUAAAAUAAAUAAACCUUAGCUCAUCUACUAUUUGAAGGAGAUCCUUCUAUGCUAGAGGAAGAAGUAAAAUUCCAACAUGUUUUCUUCAGCCCCUGGGAAGUCUUAAAGCAUCCAUUUCAGUUUCCCCGCAAAUACACAUACUUCCUUUUUCUGGGAAA